AACAUAUCCACAGCCGACCUGAGAUCGAGAGAGAGAGAGCACCGCCGCGAUGGGCCGCGUUCGGACGAAGACGGUGAAGAAGUCCUCACGGCAGGUGAUCGAGCGAUACUACUCGCGGAUGACGCUCGACUUCCACACGAACAAGAAGAUUCUGGAGGAGGUGGCGAUCAUCCCUUCGAAGCGCCUCCGCAACAAGAUCGCCGGAUUCUCCACUCACCUCAUGCGCCGGAUCCAGCGUGGCCCCGUUCGCGGCAUCUCCCUCAAGCUCCAAGAGGAGGAGCGCGAGCGCCGCAUGGACUUCGUCCCCGACGAGUCCGCCAUCAAGGUGGACCAGAUUGUGGUCGACAAGGAGACCAUAGAUAUGCUCGGCACCCUCGGCAUGGCUGACCUACCCGGUGUCGAGAAGCAGCCCGAUGCGCCGGCGGGGACUGGGUACCCGACCCGCCCUGGUGGGUACGGCGGCCGCAGGAUCUGAGACGGUAGCAAUCUUUAGAUGGUGUCACUUUUUUUGAUGUGUUUGCUUCAAUCGAUGGAAAGUUAGUCUUUUGAUCGAUAUUUUGGUUACUUUGGAUGUUUGGUACCGUUGGGAGUCUUCAAUAAUUUGGACUAUUUAAUGUUCCUUUAAUUAGUUGAUGGUAGUCAUGUUCUAGUCUUUA